CUCCGCCGUUGCGCCGCCUCAGAGCCAGGCAGCCCAGGGCCAUGCGAGGCCCCCUUCUCUGCGCUCGGCGGCUCUUGGCCACGAUGGCGCUGGCGCUGGCGCUGGCCUUGCCCCGGGGGUCGCUGGGGGACUGCCCUUUCCCACCAAUAUUAGAUGAUGCUGUCAUAAAAGAUGAGUUUAAUGCGUUAAGGUAUUUUCGUGUUGGGCUUGUAGUAGAAUACAUCUGCCGUGACAAAAACAGUACAGUUCCUAGCAUUAAUAUUACAUGUACUGCAGAGUCACAGUGGUCAGAACCUAAGAUAUUAUGUAAAGCAAUAAUGUGUGAAGAUCCAGUAGUUGAACAUGGAAUAAAAUUAAGUGGAUUUGGACCACUGUAUACAUAUGGGAAGAAUAUUACAUUUGAAUGCAAAAUUGGAUACUUUAUGGUUGGAAGUUACCUUAUUCGAUGUGAAGAGAACAGUACCUGGUACCCUGAGAUACCAUCUUGUAAAAAAAUUGAUCCAAGAUUAUGUGGUGCCCCAUUAAUUCUAAGUGGGACAGUACAUCCAUUUGAAGCUCAAUAUGUGAAUGGAAUGAUUAUUACUAUAACCUGCAAUCUGCAUUAUUCUUUUCCUGAUGAUACAAUGGAGAUGACUACAGUAUGUCAAGGCUACAAUGUGUGGGAUCCUCCUGUGAAACCUUGUUUAUUGACAACAUCGCCAGACAUUUUUCAACUGACUAUCAAUCAUGGUGCGGUAAUCCAAGGAAAGAAAAAAAGUUAUGAGCCUGGAGAUAGUGUUGUUAUUACAUGUGAUGCUGGCUAUACCUUGGUAGGGCCAUCUGAGAUUCGAUACAUUGGUGGGAAGCAAUGGACACCUCAUAUGCCAUCUUGUUAUUUGAGCUUUUUCCUCGUGCUGCUGAUAACUGCAUGCUUAUUCAUACUACUUUGGCUGCCAGCACUUUCCAUUUACCAGAAAUACUGUAAAUAAUAAAGUCAUUCAGCAAAUAAGUACAUGCAAAGUGCAAAGUAAGACAAUUCACUUGAUAGAAAACAGUGUUCUUCACAUCGACUUCCUCUCUUCACCCUGUGUAAUAAUAGAGUGACAGUUACACUGUAACAUGGUAAGAAUUCCACCAUCUUUUAUUUCAGACAGUGGUAUAGGAAUGUAAGUCUUUGAUUAUUUCAUCCUCCUACUGUAAUUGUCUUCUCUUUGUGGGAGAAAAUAAAUAUUUUUGAAGAGUAUUCCCCCCAUAAUCAAAUGUCCCAAAGUGUUUCAUGGUAUUUUUUUUUUUUACAGAAAUAUCCAUCAUAAUAUUCUGGGUCAUUGGAAUACUGGGAGAAAACUGCACAAAAGUGUCACUGCUCUAUUGUUUCCAAUAGAGCUUCCUGACUGUUGGAAAACACAGUUUUUUGACUAUGAAAUUAAUAUUAGGGAAUAUUCUUCCGAUUCCUAUAGUUGCAGCUUGUGCCCAUCAGGACUGGUAGGGGAGGGUGGCCAAUGGAAGGGGAAGCUAAAGUCAGCAGUCACUCAAGGCAACUAUUUCUGUUUCCGUCUUCAUCCAUUACAAUGACACUGCAGACUGACUAUUAGAUUUACAUUUAAAUUUAAUCAAACCAAAGAAUAAUCUGUUGUCUGGUCACUUCUACAGUGACUUGAUUAUUUGCUAGUAAGAAAACAAGCCCCUGCCACCCUUGCUAGCUACCUCUGUCCUUUAGAUAAGCAACCACUAAUGGAUAGAAGAGGCAUAGUGGGAUGUAAUGUGUUUCGAGGAUUAUGUGUUAAUAUGUCACAGUUGCAUGCCUGCAUAAACAUACUGAGCAAGCUACCUCUACAUUAGUAAUCUUUUGUACUUUAGAAUAUGGAUUUUUUGGGGUUGCCUUGUGAUUUAGAAUGAUAGCUGCCCAUGGGUUAGAUUAGACUGUAAAGAAGAGAUAAAGUGGCUGGCAUUGGCAGAUUGUUCUUGUUCUGUGCCUUCUAGUCAUUUCUGACUUAUGGUGGCCCUAAGACAAACCUGUGGCAAACCAAAAGCGAAAGAUUUAUUCAGAGAUGAUUUGCUUUUGUCCUUCUCAAAGACAGAAUGUGACAUGCCUAAGGCCACCCUGUGGCAUUUCAUGCCCAAGCGGGGAUUCGAACCCUGGUCAUAGUCCAGUGCUUAAGCCACUGCAGCAUGCUGGCUCACAUUGGCAUAUUGCUGUGUUAAUUUGCCUGAAAGAUAUAGCCGUGCUAGUCUGUAUAACCAAUAUGUAGAGAGAUCAUGUUGCACCUUUGAGACUAAGUGAAAGAAAGAAAUUGGCAGCAUAGGCUUCCUCAGUCUACUUCCUCAGAUACAUAUGAUGGGGUGGAAGCCAGGCACAUAUAUCUGCCAUAUUGUGUAUAUUGUGUCAGGAAACCAUUAUUUUUGUUCAAUUAAUUGCUGAGGGACUGCAGUUUGUGGCUGAAUGCCAGUUCUGCUGUUUCUCUUUCCAGUCUACCUUUUUAGUUCCUUUGUUCAACGACUGCUAUUCUGAGGUCUGAGAUGGAAUGCUUAUGGACUGGUUAUCAGCAAGGAGACAGCAGCACUGGGCUGGUAGGGUGUAGCCUGAGACUUAGUGGAGCAGUUACCCAUUUCAAAAGAGGAAAUUCUUCACAGAUUACAAAUUGUAUUAUUUAAUAUAAAAUCUUUAGUAGACUCAAAGUAAUGUAAAAAUCAUAUAGUAAUGUACACAUUACUCUCAUUGAAUGUGUCCACAUUUGUUGUGUUAGAAUCUAGAAUUCAAAUGAAUUUAAUUGGCAUUAUCACUUUGUGUACACAAGAUACUCAAAACUUUGAAGAUGGAAACUGUUUUUACUGCAGCACAAAAGUUAACAGAAAUGAACUGGCACAUGUUGGUUGUAAAAAAUAACAAUGAAGGAUUUUAUCAAAAGUAGGCAUGGGGAGUAGUAGCGUAGGGGCAAAACAGGGACCUACACUGUUUUGCCAUGUUUGUUGGGAGUGAAAUGCUGUUCAUGUGCAAAAAUGUGACCACACUUUGUUUUAGAGGCCUAGAAUCAAAGUAAUGUAAUGCUUGUGGCAGUGAGGUUUUUCCUCCUCCCCUCUACAGCCAUCUCCGGUACCAAAAUACUGCUCUAAAAGGUUUGCAGCCUUCUGCAUCAGGGUUUUAGGUUAUGGGGAGGGUUACUGUUGUCCUUGCUGUAACCAUAGCAACUUUGAUGGAUGCUAAUGAGUAAUGACGAGGGUUUUUUUUGUGCUUACUGAUUUACCUGUACAGUCAACCCUCUGUUUUUGUGGGGGAUCUGUUUUACACACACACACACACACACACACCUGUUUUUGCGCCUUGGGCAGACACCCCAUUAGUUCCCCUUCCAUUUGUCCCUCGUGCAUAUGUGAAGGACACAGGUAUGAAAACCACAAGAACAGAAGGAGGACUGUAUAAUGCGUUCUUUUGCUAGGACACGAGAUGGCCAAUUGUUUGACUUAACUGCAUUUGGAGACAGGCAGGGAAUACAGCAUACUUGUGGAAGUCCUAUACUUACUGUAUGAGCUUACUGCAUGUACCUCCUCCUUCUUAGUAUAUUUUUCUUUUAAUAAAUUGUUUAUGUUUAACUCUCUUUUUGUUUUCAACAUUUUUUCCAGUAACUAGUCUUUUUGCUUCUGUUUUGCAAUACUUUUGUAUAGGAAGUAAAAGUAAAGCAUUUUUCCUUUUUUCACAUAUUGGUACAUGAGCCCAGUCACAUUGGCCACCUAUUGUAUGUUUUCAGUAUGUAAAUGCAUACUUUAUGUACAUACUGUAUAUAUCCUUUCAUUAUAUGAAUUUCCACAUGGUUUGCUGUUAAUGUUCAGAGCUGUACCAACACAAAUUCAUGUUGUCUUUUUCAGGGACUCUUGUAAUUCUAAGAAGACUCACAGUUGUAAGAAGAAAAUAAGCCAAGAGUGCUAGAAUGUCAGUGAUAAUUAAGAUUUGCACAGCCCUUGAGCCUUUUCUGAAAAGUGACCUGCAUUUCAUCACUACUGCACUUUGCAAGGCUUUAUAUGGGCAAGCUGCUAUAUUCUUAAGGGGCUUUUGAAGGCAGAACUAAAUGUUAAAUGAAAUACACAGGUUAUCUCUGAAAAUAGCAGUUCUCACCCUCUUCAAUGAUGUCCAGUGCAGCUUAUUCCAUGUCUUCACGUCAUGAAAUUAUGUGUAUCCAUAACCAUGAUGUGGGUAGUGAAGUGCUGCUGGCAGAGAAAUUAACAGCAGGAAGAUGUCAGGGCACUGGAUAAGUUUUACUAGACAUUACAAUGUAGGAAAGAGACAAUGCUGCCAUUUUUCAUGAACAUUUCUAUUCCACAUCGCAGCUUCUCCACUGUCAAGUCUACGUUGUCAUGAGGAAGAUUAAUUUACAAUCUCUUGUAUAAUUCUACAUGUCCAAACAUUAAUGCUCAUUAUGGUUUUGCUGAUCUGCACUCAGCUGUACUUUCAAGAUUUCAGAAGAUAACAAAAAGGAUAAAACUUGGUAUUUGAGAGUGAUUCAUUUCAAACACUUGGUGUAGAGGACUAUGUCUUUAAGGUACAGAAGACAGACAAAAAGUAUAUAUUGCUGAAGAUAAUUUUGUAUUUAUCAAACUUUGUACUUAAUCAAAGACUUUCAGAUUAUAUUUGUAAUGUCUGUUGCUUUGUAGGAAAUAAAUA